CAGCCCGGGACUCCCUCCCUCCCUCCGUCCCUCCCUGCCUUGGUCCCUCCUCCUCCUCCUCCUCCUCGUCCCUCCCAGCCCGGGACGCGGCGGCGGGCUCCUCGGGGAGGAAGAAGAGGGGUGGGCGAUGGCGAGGAAAGUGUCCUGAGCCGCCCCCCGACGCCCCCUUCUCUCCCACCCGGUCCGAUCCGGUCCUUUGGGGUCCGGGGGCGAAUGGGUGACCUUUCCCCGGGCGGGCCGGGCCGUGGGAGCCGGGGGAGAUGAAGCAGGAGCAGGAGCAGCACGGCGGGGGCGGCCGGGACUCCUGGGUCCGCCGGCCGAGCCGCCCCGGCUCCCUGCCACCCACCCUGCGCUUCACCCUCCGGGACUACGGCUUCUGCAUGGCCACCCUGCUGGCCUUCUGCCUCGGCUCCCUCUUCUACCAGCUCAACGGGGGACCCCCUCCAUUCCUGCUGGACCUGAGGCACUAUCUGGGCAAUUCCACUUAUUUAGAUGACCAUGGGCCACCCCCUAGCAAGGUACUUCCUUUCCCAAGCCAAGUGGUAUACAACAGAGUGGGGAAGUGUGGCAGUCGAACCGUUGUCUUGCUUCUGAGGAUCUUGUCAGAGAAGCAUGGUUUCAACUUAGUCACAUCAGACAUUCAUAACAAAACCAGACUGACCAAAAAUGAGCAAAUGGAACUGAUUAAAAACAUAAGUACUGCAGAGCAGCCCUAUUUAUUCACUCGACAUGUACAUUUCCUCAACUUUUCUAGGUUUGGAGGAGACCAACCCGUCUACAUCAACAUUAUCCGAGACCCAGUCAAUAGAUUUUUAUCCAACUAUUUUUUCCGGCGUUUCGGCGAUUGGAGAGGGGAACAGAAUCACAUGAUCCGCACCCCAAGCAUGAGGCAAGAGGAGAGAUAUCUAGACAUCAAUGAGUGUAUUCUUGAAAAUUACCCUGAAUGUUCCAAUCCCAGAUUGUUUUACAUCAUACCAUAUUUUUGCGGACAACAUCCCCGAUGCAGGGAGCCUGGGGAAUGGGCUCUUGAAAGAGCAAAAUUAAACGUGAAUGAAAAUUUCCUACUUGUGGGGAUUCUCGAGGAGUUGGAAGAUGUGCUGCUUUUACUGGAAAGAUUUUUACCUCAUUAUUUCAAGGAUGUGCUCAGUAUCUACAAAAACCCAGAACAUAGGAAACUUGGAAACAUGACUGUGACAGUGAAAAAGACUGUCCCCUCUCCAGAGGCCAUACAGAUCCUCUAUCAGCGUAUGCGAUACGAAUAUGAAUUCUACUACUUCGUCAAGGAGCAGUUCCAUCUGCUGAAACGCAAGUUUGGACUUAAGUCUCAUGUCAACCGGCCACCUCUGAGGCCAGAAUUCUUUAUUCCUACUCCACUGGAAACCGAGGAGCCAAUAGAUGAUGAGGAGCAAGAUGAUGAGAAGUGGUUAGAGGAUAUCUACAAGAGGUGAUACAGACCCUUGUGCCCUCCUCCAAAAGCCUCUUCCGCCUCUGUCUGACAGCUUUUGUUUAAAGAGAUCCUUUAUGGGACUGAAUUAAUGCGCCACAGCAUUGAACAGAACAAAGCAUUCCCACAUGUUGGGGUGACUGGGAGAUACCCGGUUUUGCGGGUUUUAUUUGUUUAAUUUUAUUGAGCGGGUUAGUUUGUUUUUUUUUCUUUCUGCUCCCUGACAAAGAUAGAUUAGAUGGCUCCAUCUCAUGGGCAGGGAACACGUCUGCUAAUUCUGUUGUAUUGUGUUCUCCCAAGCGCUUAGUAGAGUGCUCUGCACAUAGUAAGCGCUCAAUAAAUAUGACUGAUCAUAAAAUUCCAUCCCGGAAAGGAGCAUCUUACCCACACUCUCUUCUCCCCAAAAAGCACGGGAGUCCUAGCAUUCUGUGCAAGCUGGAUUUUCAGGCCCAUCUCCCUUGACCCAUGCCCUGCUUCUUUGGAGCACUGAUCCACCUGAGCCCAAAUUUUAAAACAUGUGGCCUGAGCAGCCAGGCAUUCACUUAUAGGAGAUCCAGCCCUUAUAGAUGUCUGAAAGGUUCUGGACAUUUAUUCAACACAGUACUGUGAGCUCACUGUGGGCAGGGAAUGUGUCUGCUUAUUGUUAUAUUGUACUCUUCCAAGCGCUUGGUACAGUGUUUUGCACACAGUAAGCGCUCAAUAAAUACAACUGAAUGAAUGAAUUAAAGGAUGGUUCUGAUGGAGCUGGUGGUAGGUCCCUGUUUGAGUUUGGCCAUAUCAUCUAGCAAAGCUCAAGUGGAAUAUAACACAAAACCAAAAGAUCUAGAUUAUAAUGACAAUUUAGCCUCCUUCCUCCCCAUCUCCUGUGCUUAUUCGUCCCAGUCGGACCAUGUAACCCCAUCCUGGUCCGGCCUGUGUCCCCAGGCCCAGCUCUCACCCCAUCUUCAGGCCAUUUGGUGCCCGUACAGAACUCUACCCAAUCAUUGCAAUGCAACCCACACGAAACCUUACCUCAGCACCAACAGCAGCCCCCAGUUCCCACAACAUCCACUCCAACAAAAAUACAGGUGACUUUAAAUUCAAAAAACCAACUAAGGAGUGUAAAGAAAUGCAAGAGACUCAGGACAAAACCAGAGCCACUCUCAUCGGUCACACAUAGACAGUUGAGUUCACUGUUUUGUCUGGAAGUGGGUCUGCCUUGAAAACUUUGAGAAAUCCCAUUCUACAGCUCUCAGCAGGGAAUUUUAUGAGCAUCCUCAUUCCUGAAAUGAGGCCUGAGAGUGGAAGUUUGUGGAGGGGAAAGGCUGCUUUUUAAGCAGUUCUGAUACUUUUGCUGUCAUGAACUAGGUUACAUUGUUUGGUCAGUCAUGAGGAAACUGCUCAGGUUCAGACCAUUUCUGAUGGGUGGGUAGCAGGGCCGUCCUUACCUCUGAGUUAGGCAGAGCCUGGGAAAGGCCCCCCAGGGAGACCUCACCUCCCCAAGCAACCAGGAUUCUGUGAAGCUGCUGCUGCAUGGAGCAGCCAGGGGAGGGCUGGAGCAGGUGUGUAUUGGGCAUAGGUGUGGCCCCUUGUAACAGCAUGCCCUUGGAGGGAUGAGACAUCCUUGGAAAUGGGGGCUGGGGACUUUGGAAUUUCUCGAGGAGGGACAGGACAGGGAUAAUGGGACAGUCGUCGGUCUCAAGAGGGAAAAGUGCUAUCCAAUGAUAGAACUUUCACCCUUUUGGCCCCCAGUGGUCCCGGGAGGCAGGGAGAAAUAACAGCUUUGGUGGGGUGUAGCUCAUCAACUGAUGGCAUUUAUUGAGGGCUAACUAAGUGCAGAGUCCCGUACUAAGAAUUUGGGAAAGUACAAGAGAGUAGAUAGACACAAUCCCUGCCCACAAGGAGUUUCCAGUCUACAGGAUGGUUCUGCUACCUGUGUAAUAGCAGCAGAAGACCUCAGUCGUGACCUCUUGUGGCUUGGAGCACUGAACUCUGAAAAUUGCCUUCUCCCAACUAACAGCCUUCCCACUUUGAAGAGUAGCUAACAGCCACCAUUUGGAACCUCAGUGGGGAGAACCUGCCCCCAGGCUUAAAUUCUAGAAGAGUGAUUUGCAACCCAAACAGUGGCAGAAGAGGGUGAGGGCAAGGCAAUAGUGGAUGGGGUUUCUCCAAAAAAUAGCUACCUCUCAUCCUGGGGCACAAUCUCGAACCUGGACCUGCAGCCAAAGAAAGGGUGGUCAUCUCUGCACUGGUGAAGGUGGAAUUAAAGUUCUACUGUGGAGGAGCAAGAUGAAAACUAGAGACCCCCAAGGAUGAGAAAAGGAGGAAUUUGUCAGGAAAAGAACUGGAAGUCUUGUACCCAAGGAACAGUCAGGGAAGCAGCAGCAACAGAGAAAUCAGAGGAAUAGUUUUUAAACCAAGUAAAAUUCCCAAGGUUGGGCUGAAAAUAUUGUCAACUUCCUCAAAAAGGGUGCAAUUUUUAUUUUAUUAAUGGGGAAGUUUAUCAAGCAAAAGUCAUCUUGCAGAAGACUUUUCUGGAGCUGCUUUAUCAUGAGAUGUGUUAAGGAGGCUCCUCUUCACUAAGGGAAUCAGCUUUGGCCCCAGACCAUCCUGAUUUGAAAGCCAUCAAGCCACCCAAACAGACCUAAGGUGAGGAAGAGCCAAUCAGAAGAAUGGGUGACCGACAUGUUUGGCAAGGAGAAAUGUGUUCUGUCCUAACUGGGGGAACCCUUUCAGUCCAGACAAGCAGAGCUAAGAGUGACCCCGAGAGCACUUGAUACAGUAGCCAAAAGUUGAGACUCUGUAAAAUUGUAAGUGGUUUCUAGGAAAUGCCAUUUAAGGAAUAAUGAUUAGUGGGCACUUUUUGGAAGGGCAGUGCCUUGAAAGCAAAUUCAUCUGCUCACCUCAAAAAGAGAAAAACCCAACUUGGCUAUUUUUAGGGGUUUGGAAUAGGAUUGGGCAUUCAUCUGGUUUUCCCUAGGCACAAGCCCCCUGCCACUUAACAUGGUCCCCGUAGCCUGAUCUACCCAGUUGUAAAAGGCAUUUUCAGCCAUGAUCACUCUAUAACAUGAAAGCAAAACGUGCUGAUGGAUUUACUCUCCGGGCCUUCAUGUCGCUUUUUUUGAGCCAACAAUUGGCCUCUAAGUUACGCCUCUUCCUCUGAGAGCCAAGGUACUUCAUAAAUUUACUUGGCACAUGCAGCAGAGACUCUGGCUCCAGGCCCACACACCAUUUGUGCAUCAUGAAAUAUAUUGUAGAUUUUUCAUAUUUUAGUUUAAAAGAAAAUAACAUUUGAAGCUGGUUAAUCUUUGACUGCCUUAUUUAUUAUAACUUUUCAGCACAUUCCAAGGUUUUAGUUACUCAGGAAGGAGUUAAUUAAAAUGGUUUUAUUUUGGUCUGUUGAGUGUUUUUUAAAAAGCAAAAAAUCACUAAUAAUAGCCUUUGACCCAUUUUGUAUUGAGUGUCACAGGAGGACUUGUAAAUCUUUUUUUUUAGAAGAAAAAGGCAAAAACAGUUGGUGUUUGACAUUAAUAAAAACAAGAACCAAAACAUUAGCUUAAUUUAAAUGCAAGCAAUUUGUGUUUGGAAUCAAAUAUUUGUUAACUCAUUCAUUACCCACAUUAAGGGUAAAGAAAUGGAAAUAAGCUGUGUGUCUUCGAGUCUGAUGUGAUUUGAAAAUAAAAACUGCAGUUCUUCGCGGUUAA